CGGAAACGGUACGCUCACUGGACUCGCUCUGCCCGCCAAAAUGAUUAAGGCAAACAAAGCUAUUGCCCCAGCGACCGGCAUCAACUCCGUUGCCGAGGGUCUCGGGAUGGGCCUUACCUCGUCAAUCGUAGGAUCCAUCAAUGUGUCUUCGCUUUUGGGAGGAGCUACGGACCCAAGCACCAUCAACACUGCUGCGCUCUCACUUGCUCAAGGCCUCGGCGGAGGUGCAUCUCAGAGCUUGGGUCUGAAGGCUGUAAGUAAUGGAAUUUUCAACACCUCCGGACUCAGCGGUAUCGCAGGUAACCUUGGGCAAGGAUUGAGCACUUCUUUCCUGGGUGGUGUUGACCUGACGAAAGUCGUGGGCAUGGUGGGCGGGAACACGACACUAUCAGGAGCCCAAACCAACCAAGCCGUCCUCUCUCUCGCUCAAGGUCUCGGAAGUGGAGCAGUCUCUGCGUUGAAACUGAGCAGCAAACCAGCAGACAACAGCUCCUUCAACACAGACGGACUCAAUGGCAUUGCUGGUAAUUUUGGACAAGGAUUAUCAACGUCUGCUCUUUCGAACCUCAGCUUGACGAGCUUGACGGCCAUGAUGGGAAACUCCAGUUUAACGUCCAUGUUUUCUAAUAUCAACCUUACCAGCGCUUUUUCAAGUGCCAAUCUUCUGGCUGCUGCUAGUGGCCUUGGAUCUGGAUUGGCGGAGGGCGCUGUGGUUGGACUGGGAUUUCAAAAUGAUAGCGGUGUGCCGGCGACGACGGGUGGUACAGCGAGUGUGGGACCCAUUGUUCAGACGUUUGCAAAAGGCCUCAGCGAGUCUUUCCUGGCGAAUGGGACUCUGACCAAAGCGGUAUCGUCUUUGGCUGGAGCAACUGGUAAAACCUCGACGGGUGGGGGCAUUGGUGGUUUGUCUCUGUCGAGUUUGCCGAUUGGGAAAGUUGCUGCCGGAUUUGCUGUAGGGCUGGUGGAUGGAGCACAGUCGAGUAUUGAAAACGCGGGUGGUAUUGGAGGGGUUUUUAAUAUGCCACCUUCUGAUACCGUGGGCAUGAUGGCUAUGCCUACUGUGAGCAACUUCGACGAUGGUGUUGGAGGAGCUGCAACUGGCUUUGGGACUGGGCUUGGCUCGGAACUGACGAAAGGGCUGCUCCAGGCUUUUGGAAAGCCACCACUGAACUCGACCUCCCCAGCUUCGAAUGGCACAGCUUCAGCAAACUCGACUAUGAUUGCUGCAAAGCGUUCUAUUCGAGGUCUCUCUGUAACAAAGCGCUCAACGGUAGUAACUGGACUCAAACGACAAUCUCAAACCCUAAUGGCACCAUCAAAGCUCGAUCUGAUGAUGCUUAACACAACCAUCGAUCCAAUACUCCAGAGCGGUAUCGAUAUACUAGGAUGUCAAGGCGUCGGCGGCAUCGCCACCAUCGGCCUGUCCCUCCUCCAAAGCGGCAAGAUCAGUCUCGGCAGCUUCGGAAACCUCACCUCCUCAUUUUCGUCAUUGACAAAUCAGACGUACACAAUCAAAGAGGGAGGCAAUACAUACACUGCAAAUCUGGCAAACAAGGAUAUCACGCAAGGAAUUACGUUGAACGGCCAGCCUGUCGUGAGGGCGGUGACGUUGAUUGUGCUUCAUGUUAUUUUGGCCAUCAACACUUACGUCUUCGCUCUCCCCACUAUCAUUCUACUAAACACCGCCCGGAACAUCGCCGUCAUGUCCGGACGCAUGCAAUUCCUAUCCAAUGCCCCCAGAUGGCAGCUCCUAAUCGGUGUCAUCCUCGUUGUCCCAGGAUCUCUCCUCACGUUGAUUUUCGGCGUCUUAGGAGAGGGUCAACGGAGCCACUUUGUUUCUGCCCAUGGUGUGAUGGGCUUAAUUCUCGUCCUCCUAACCCUCGCAUCAGCAGGCUUAGCACCGGUCCGCUACAGAGCCCCCGCCAUAAACUUAGCACACAAAUUCAAUCUCCUGCUCGUCAUGAUCCUCUCCGUCGCGGUCGUAAUUACCGCCUUCCUCGACAUCUCCAGUAUUUCCAUCUGCGCCACACAAUUCUUGCCCCAGGCGAUCUUCGUAUUCAUCGGUUUCCUACUUGCGAUUCCGUAUUUGACGGUUCUUGGCGCUGUAGCGACGGAGAUGGGGUUGAAGAGGUGGUUUGUUGAGAGAGAAGUUGGGGAUGUGUAUAGUGGGUUUGGUGGGGAAAAGGGGAAGGUGGAGGUUGAGGAGAGCGGGUUUCAGGUGGGGGAUCUGAGAGAGAAGCAGAUUCGGGGGAUGGCGGGUAUGAUUGGGAGACCGCAUAACAGUAUCUCUAAGCCGGUGGCUGGAGGACGGCUGUGAUUGGAAGGGGGGUGGGGAUGGGAUGGGAUGGGAUGAGAAAUAAGUGCAUGAUGAUACGGAGAGAUGAAGAGAUUAGGAUACCAAGCAUUUGUUCUAGUCCUCCCACGAAUGGUGUACCUUCGUGAUCGGCAGGUGCUAUUCGAGAUUAUAACCUGCCAGUCACAAAGUUGUACGAUAAUAUGAGGCUAUUCGCAAAGGACGAUGCUACCUUGGAAUAACCUCAUAUUAGCUACUAGUCCACUUAUUAGUUAGUCUAAUCAGUACGUAAACUGUGAAGUAGCGG